AAUUUAUUAAUUAAUAUAAUUAUUUUUUGAAAAAAAUAAGAGCAUAUGUCCACCAUGAACACUUGUCUGUCCCCUCGUCCCUUCUCCUUCAUCGCCGGUACUGUGCCCUUCCCAUCUAGAGAUAGAGAGAGAAAGAGUUGAAGCUCGUUUGGUUCGGAUUUAAGGAGAGAGGAGUCACCGAUGCUCUGCGAAUGGGGAAGCUCGAUCAGCAGUCAAAUCUGCGUCAACCGCCCGGAUAUCGCCGCGACUCUCAGGAACCUUCCCGAAGCUUCUGCUGGGGAUGUCCGGUGGACCUCCGACGGCACCUCAGUCUCCGAUGCCUCCUCUCCCUGGUCCUAGGCCUCGCCAUCUUCCUCUCCGCCGUCUUCUGGAUACUCCCAUCGCUCUCCAAGAACCCCGGAUUCGACGCCAAAGAAUCUGUUAAACUCGGUGCUGCUGUACAGGCGUCCUUUAAGCUGGAAAAACCUGUUGCAGAGCUUGUCCCACGCAUUGGUAGAUUAGAAUAUGAUAUAUAUGGAGAAAUAGGCGCUCCUGGCACAAAGAUGGCUAUUUUAUCAAUGCACCAAGCAGGCUCACCUAACUGCACCGAUGUGGUGUUUGGUGUUCUUUCCGACCCGUUGGAUGUCCCAAUUAACCAAGUGUCUCUAAUUAUGCUGAGGUCAUCUUUGGUGGAGCUGUUCCUCCAGCUAUCUAAUCUGACCCUUACAACAUCUAUUUUUGGGCAGACGUCUGACUUUCAGAUACUAAAGUUUCCUGGGGGAGUCACUGUAAUUCCCAAGCAAACAGCUUCCAUAUGGCAGAUACCGCAGGUUUUAUUUAAUUUCUCACUCAAUAACUCUAUAUACGACAUAGAGGAAAAUUCUGUUCAUUUCCGGGAACAAUUGAAGAAUGGAUUGCAUCUGAAGCCUCAUGAGAAUGUUUACGUGCUGGUUACAAAUGCUGAAGGCUCCACUCUAGCUCCCUCAGUCACAGUUCAGGCUUCGGUUAUGUCUGAUUAUGGGAGCCUGGUGCCAGAGAGAUUGAAGGAGUUGGCUGAUAUAAUCAAAGGCUCUCCUGUAAAUCUUGGUUUGGAUAAUUCAGAGUUUGGUAAAGUUAAGAGUGUGAUGCUAUCAUCGUAUUUGAACAGAACAACACAAGCCACCUCUCCUAGUCCUUCUCCAGCCCCAUCACCAGGACCAUACAAUGAGCUCGACCCCCCAAACUCUGCACCUUCAUCUCACCCUCUGGCUCCGUCACCUAACUCCCGGCUUACUCCCCCCUGUGUGAAUUGUGAAGUUUCUUCUCCUAGCCCAUGCAUAGAACCCAAUGUCCCUGUGCCUUCUGUUCCACCUGCUCAUCCUCCUCAGGCUCAUCGUUCAUUUGGUCCAAGAGUUGCCCCCCGACCCUCUCCAUCCCGUCCAAAGCGAGCCGUUUCUCCGAUCUUCCGUCCUCGUUCAUCUGGUCCAACUUCACCUGUCUGGAAUGGUGGAAAUGCAGGGAACUUGGCGUCUCCUUCUCUAGGUCCUUCAUCCUGGGCAGGUCAUCCUUUACAGAAGGAUAUUUGGUUAAUUGGAUUCUCUGCGGUCCUGGUCCAUCUUCUUCAAUACCUGCAUUGAUGGAAAAAAAAAAUGAAAAAAGGUUGAUGAGAAGGUCGUUUUUGUGAUCAGAGUUCCCCCAAGGCUGAGAUCCUUCGUUGGAACAGUCCUUUUGACAAGUUUCUCCCGCAGCAAGCAUACCAAAGAAUCAGUACAGAUCUCUGAAUGACACCAAAGAAAGAGUUUUGGUCGAAGCCAGAAGAGUGGCAGGCCAGAGUACCAUAAAUGUAUAUCUUUUCUCUACAAAUUUGCGAUGUCUCCUGAAACCGUCGCAUGCUCUCCCAGUGGGAAAAACUCAAGCAAAGUCUCUGACUAGGCGAAGAAAUACGAGAUUAAUGUUGCAGGUUUCAAAGGGAAUCUCUCUCUUAAGUUAAGCAAAUGUUAGAUAGCGAAGGGUUCCUUUUGAGCAUCUGCAAUGCCACUGAGCAAAGUACAUAUUGAUGUUCUAAGAGUUGAUCCGAAAUGGUAUCAUAAUUUUGUGCAUGCAACUGAGUACUUAAGACAACUUGCUGCCCUCUCUCUUUCGGGGCUUCCGAUGAAGUGAUCUAAAUAACUAGAGUUCCGACCCA